AUGGUUUGUGUACCAGCCGAGUUCUUGGCGAAACUAAAAGAAAAGGCUUUAAAAGAGAAUGGUUUAGAAGAGCCCGACGAUGGGACGCCUUCCAGGGUCGCUGUGCAGCAGGCGUACCAGUGGCGGUCUGUCCUCAAGGAUCUCUUGCCGUCUGAAAAGCCGUUUCUCUGCAACUGCGUUGGCUUCCUCGUUACCCUUAUGCCCGUCAGCGACGUCUUGAAGAAGCCACUUGGUCACUUGGCCUCAGCAAUCCGCCGCUCAAUCACAGAGCAAGGAACCCGCGAGCAGGUCGAAGCCUACAGCUCACUCGUCAGACAAGAUCCCAGAGCUAAGGCACCGCCUUUCUUUGGUCGCAGUUCGAUGCAGUUGUUGAUGUUUUCAAACUGGCAAAAGGCCAACGUUUACGGUUUCGAUCUAUCAGGUGCUGCUGUCCAGCCGCGGGAGACGCCGUUGUUCCCUUGCUACGUGCAAACUAUCCAGGGGCCUUACGACUUCACUGAUGGGAUCAUCAUUGUGGGCAAGGAUGAGCACGAAAACAUUUGGCUUUCUGGCCAUAAGGUGAAAGGGGAAUGGAGUGUCAUGGAGAGAAAAAUGAGGGAGGACAUCUCUGGAGAGUGA